CACUCCAUAAUAGUAUGGGCCCGAGCUAUGCCCGCCUCUAUAUGGGCAUUCACAUGGGCCCGAGCUAUGCCUGCCUCUAUAUCCUAGUCUCUGAAGUAGCUUUGAGAACAGAAAGGUCUUAAAAACAGCAAUGUGAAGAUAGUAGGCUUGCAUUUUUAAGAAUUAUAAUUAUUUAAAGAUACUGCUGAUGUUUGGGAAGAAAACUGCGUUCCUUGAAACUUGCCGUGGAAUCUUUUGAAUCCACUCUUUGGAAGACAGUAUCAUGACAAUGGAAAUCUGCUCCGAGUGUCAUUGGGAGCACUAUCCCAGAAGGUGUGUUCAGGUCUCUGGAGUGGGAAUUGAACAUGGCCAUCUGGCUCAGAGGGAAGAGUAUUAUUACCCACAGUGGCAUAGCAAUGUUCUUCCCAGUGGAAUAGGGUGAUUUCUUCCAACAGGCUGUGGUAUAAUGUUCCCAGUUCCUCUCCACUUCAUCCCUGCUCCCCUACUCAGCUGCCGUUCCUCCCAAUCACCCACUCUGAACCAACGGCUCAUUUUAUGUCCUUUUGCUGCCAGAUGCCUGGGGUGACCCAAGGCUUAGACUUGGAACCUCCACCGUCCCAGAUACAUCGGCGCGGAGGGGAGAUCAUGGCCAAGAUUCAGGCCCAUCUUCAGCAGAUGAACCAUCAAAUCCAGGCUCAGACCUUUGCAGUGCAGAAACAGGCACAGCAACAACAGUUCCAGAGGCUCAAGUGUGCUUUUCAGGUUGAAGAUGCCUUGUCAUACCUGGACCAGGUUAAGAUGCAGUUCGGGAACAACCCGGCCGUUUACAAUGAGUUCCUUGACAUCAUGAAGGAAUUUAAAUCUCAAAGCAUCGACACACCUGGUGUAAUUGACAGGGUUUCCCGGCUUUUCCAGGGACAUCCCGACCUUAUUCUGGGAUUCAAUGCCUUCCUGCCACCGGGAUACAGAAUAGAGAUUCAGAAGAACAAGGCAGUGAGUGUCCAUGGACCCACCCCGGCUGAGACUCAGGUGCUGUCGGAGGCAGCGCGUGAGCGUGCAGCUGCCGCGCCCACCAAUGCUGCCGCCGCUCCGGUCUCCCGUGCCGACUCUGCCCCGGCCCAGAGCCCUCUGCUGGGUCACAAGGACGAGCACGUAGACCGCCGCCCGAUCCGCGAGGACUUCACUCCACGUUUACUGGAUCACCACGACGACAUAACAUCCAAUGAUCCGCAUCCCGUGGAGUUCGACAACGCAAUUAGUUACGUGAAUAAAAUCAAAAACCGUUACCUAGAACGCCCUGAGGUUUACAAAUCCUUUCUGGAGAUUCUGCACACCUAUCAGAAGGAGCAGCUGAUUGUGAAGGAUACCAAGGGGAAACCUUACUGUGGCAUGACGGAGGAUGAAGUCUUCGCGAAGGUCGCCAAUCUGUUCCGAGGCCAGGAAGAUCUGCUGACUGAGUUUGGCCAGUUUCUUCCAGAUGCCAAACGAUCUCUGUUCACUGGAAGCGCUGCGUCGGAAAAGGAUGAGAAUAGAAUGGCCGACGACGACGAUGGAUCAAAACACUCGCAAAGCAAGAAGCGUUUGCGGACCUCGCUGCUGCCCCAAGUGCUUCCUCCACUCAAGAAAAAGCUGAAGUUAUCCAGUGUGAAGGAUCGGUCAUUAGCCUCUGCGGGCAAGCACGGCACCUUGCGAGAGUUCAGCUUCUUCGACAGAGUGCGUCGGAUUCUGAAGAGUCAGGAGGUGUACGAGAAUUUCUUGCGCUGCAUUGCCCUGUUCAACCAGGAGGUGGUGUCAGGCUCUGAGCUGUUGCAGCUGGUCACUCCAUUCCUGGGCAGGAAGUUUCCGGAACUCUUUGCACGCUUCAAGUCGUUCUUGGGCCAGAAGGAGCUGUCACUCACACAGCCGCUGCAGAGGGAUCGGCCGGUGGAUGGGAUCGCCCGGGAGAUCGACUAUGCGUCGUGCAAGAGAUUGGGCUCCAGCUACCGAGCUCUGCCUAAAACCUACCAGCAGCCCAAGUGCACGGGGCGUACAGCCGUCUGCAAGGAGGUUCUCAAUGAUACUUGGGUCUCAUUCCCCUCUUGGUCAGAAGAUUCCACCUUCGUGAGCUCCAAGAAGACCCCAUAUGAGGAGCAGCUUCAUCGCUGUGAGGAUGAGAGAUUUGAGCUCGACGUUGUCCUGGAAACAAACCUUGCCACGAUCCGUGUGCUGGAGAGCGUGCAGAAGAAGCUGACCCGAAUGUCGCCCGAGGAUCAGGAGAAAUAUCGCCUUGAUAAUUGUUUGGGAGGAACUUCGGAAGUCAUCCAUCGCAGAGCUAUCUAUCGCAUCUACGGGGACAAAGCUCCGGAAAUAAUCGACGGGCUCAAGAAAAACCCAGGAACGGCUGUGCCUGUGGUGCUGAAGAGGUUGAAAGCCAAAGAAGAGGAAUGGCGGGAGGCACAGCAGGGCUUCAACAAGAUCUGGCGGGAGCAGUACGAGAAAUCGUACUUGAAGUCACUGGAUCACCAGGGAGUCAACUUCAAGCAGAACGACACCAAGGCACUGCGCUCCAAGAGUCUGCUGAAUGAGAUUGAAAGCGUUUACGACGAGCGGCAAGAGCAGAACUCUGAGGAAGGUUGCCCGGGCUUCACGGGGCCCCACCUGAUGUUCGUGUACGAGGAUAAACAAAUCAUGGAGGACGCCGCGUCCCUCAUCAUCUACCACGUGAAGCGGCAGCCCACCAUCCAGAAGGAGGACAAGGAUCACAUCAAGCGUAUCAUCUACCAUUUUGUGCCGGACUUAUUCUUCUCCCAGCGCGGGGAGCUGAGCGAGUCGGAGGACUCGACGGACGAGGAGAUGGAGAGCGACCAGCGACACAGCCAGCGCAACAGCGCGGACACGGGGCAGAAAGGAGCGACUUCCCCGGAGAGCAGUCUGGCCGAGGAGCGGGUGGACCUGCGCGACCAGGUGGCCGAAUACCAAAAGAACUUGGACGACGUCUACAACCUGUUCUUCGUGAACAACAACUGGUACUUUUUCCUGCGGCUCCACCAGAUCCUGUGCUACCGGCUGCUGCGCAUUUACAGGCAAGCGGAGAAGCAGCUGCUGGAGUACCAGGUGGAGAAGGAGAAGGAGAAACAACUGCAGGAGGGAAGGAAGGAGAAAGCAAGUGAUCCUGCCGUCGAGCUCCGGCUCAAGCAUCAAAGUGAGAUUGAGUUGGAAGAGUAUUACCCGGCCUUUCUGGAUAUGGUAAGGAACCUGCUGGAUGGAAACAUUGAGCCGACACAGUACGAGGACACGCUGCGAGAGAUGUUCACCAUCCACGCCUACAUUGGCUUCACUGUCGAUAAACUGAUCCAGAAUAUCGUGCGGCAGCUACAGCACCUGGUGAGUGAUGACGUGUGUGUGCAGGCUGCAGAGGUGUACCUGAGCGAGAGAAAGCGAGGAGCUGCUGGUGGGGGUUUGCCCACCCAGUGUGUCCGAGCCACCUUGGAAGCAACCUACCAGCAAAAGGCAGAGCGAGCGAUGCCAGACGAAAACUGUUUUAAGAUUAUGUUUAUUCAGAGUAAGGGGCGUGUCUCCAUGACCAUCGAGCUACUCGACACGGAGGAAGCACCUUCAGACGAUCCUCUGGAACUGCAGAAUUUAACAAGUUACGUUGAGCAGUAUGCCGGUCCGGAGGCAGCCAUGCAGUUCGAGCAGACAGAUGGGUUCUUUUAUAAGCCAGUGUUUUUACCCAGAAACCUCCGAAAAUUUCGUAAGUGGCAGCAGAAGCAGUUUCUAUCCAUGAGAAAUGAAAGCAGGAACAGCAGGCAGCGCAGUCUGGGGGUUGAGAACUCCAACAGCAUCGACUGCAAGUUUAAGCUCAACACUCACAAGCUGGUGUAUGUCAUGAACUCUGAAGACUUCAUGUACCGUUGUGGAGCUCUGCACCGGGCUCGCGAGUCUCAGUGCCAGGUGGUGCGGUACCAGCACCAGCAGUUCCAGUCGUGGCACAACCGCUGGCUGCAGAGCCACGUGACGGACGAGGCGGCUGAGCUGGUGCAGGACUGGCUGAUGGGCGAGGACGACGAGGACCUGAUCCUGUGCAAGACCGUGUGCGAGACCGACACCGUCCACGACAUUCCCGUCAACAGAUACCGCGUGCAGUACAGCCCGUGCCCCCCCUCGCCGUGACACCCCCCCUCCUGCACUGAACCCGUGCUUGCACACUCAAAGGCUGUGGUUGCAAGUGCAUCGUGCCACGGUGGUGGGGGCACGCCGUGCUCUCAGAUGCCGAGCUGACUGUACGGGCUGUCUGACCGACCCCCCCCCCCCUUGUAAGGGAACGAUCAUCACAGCACCAGUCUACACAACACAGCUAGUGUUAUCGAUGAGGAAAUGCACUUGACAUGAAUCUGCUUGUAAGAUCCUUGAACUCAUUCUCCCUUCCCCAGCCCCUCCCCCUCCCCGCCCCUAUUUUGUGGUAUUUUCCCCCCUCCUGUCCCUGAUUAUACAUUGUGAUGUUGCAUGACAUAUUUUUGGUUGCGCCCCAAUGCUUGCUGAUGUGUACUACUUCCCCAUGUCCCUGUAACGCAACCUAACCGCCAGAUAGCAGGACUAGGAAAAGGAAGACUGUGGUGGUCUCCAGCUACAGCCCCUCUCUCCCACCCCAAGCCCACUCGACCUUAUCUUGACAAAGAAGCAGAGGCUGUCAUGGAUUCUCCAACGGCGUUAAUCUCCGAGGCGAUCUCUCACGCAAAACAUGUCCCAAGACUGCAAGGCUCGUGAAUCUUCAUCCGCGCACCCGACCUCGCCUCGGUCAGACAGACAUCCGACCGAAGGGUCCUGACCUGAGAGGGGCACCCGUCCUCUUCUGCUCCGGAGAUGCUGCGUUACUCCAGCACUUUGCGUCGAAUCUUUGGCGUAAACCGGCAUCUGGGGUUCCUUCCUGCACGAGCUGCUGCUAAGGUCUGUGCCAGUGAGAGAUCAGCCAACCCCUGGAGCACGCUUACGCCUCACCGACGUCAGGGGUCCGCAUCCCAGCGAGCUGGAGGAUCGGCAAGUUGCUGAGGCUCUUUGCAUUCAGAACUCCCUGCCAGUGACCAGUAUUAAAGGUUGGUAUAAGUUGUGCCGGGGCCAGUGGCUAGGUUUGCCGCAGUGUCUAAAGGGUGUUCUCUGCUGCCCUGUCCAGCUCGAAACAGAGGCACUUCUGGUGUAAGGAAGCCACGUCCGUGAGAAUUCAAGGCUGUGCUCGUCCAAACACUGUUAAACCUCGGCCAAAUGGGAGCAACAUAUGACGUCCUCAUUGAAUAUAAUGCCACCUGGGCCUUUGAGCUGAACUGCCAUUAGUUCACAUUAUCCCCGGCUGGCAAAUGGACAAGUGCACCUGUCCACAAGUGUACAUGACCCCUCUGAGCUGCUUAAGGAUUGCUGAUGUUAGUCUGAAGCCUCUAGCGGGCCGAAUCCUUUAACUUCCUUUGAAGCUGCUGCCUAUGAAGUCGUAUUGAAGAUUGCUUUCGAAGCAAGUGGGGUUGGAGUGAGGAAUCAUGGAGUGGAGAUACAAAAACCAAAACACACGUGUGUUAAUAUAUUAACUGCCUGAAAUUCAGGGGAAUUUUUUUGACUAUUAUGUAAACUUUUCAAAUUUAAGGCUUGCUUCUUUACGGAAAUAUCUCUGUUUAAAUUAGUGUCUUGCUGAGAGAUUCAAGCUGUUGAGGAUGGUGUUUUCUUUUUAAAUGUUUUGUGUGUAAGAGCAUCUUUAGAGGGAGGCUUAAAAACUGUUCUGAGAGUAUUCUGAAUUCAAGCAGUGGCCCUGUUUAGUUGCAGCAUGUGCAGGCGUGGCAGGUUGAGUGAUAGAGUGAGGCCAAAUGAGGCUGACCCUUGCCAAAUUCCCCCGGGCGCCUGCUUGGCUUCUGCACUGACGUAGUUGGGCGGGAGUUCAGAAACGGCAGAGGUGUGCGCUUCUGUCUCCAGGGAUGGAAGGAUCAACCUCUGCAACUGGAGGAAAGUACAAAAGGAGAGGAAAAGAGGGCACACUGCCGUCAAACCUUUAGGUUUCUGUGGGUGGGGUUGUCUCCGGCCACUCCUCACUUAUCCUCGUUCACCCGCAGCUGAUGAUGAAAUAGCUGGCACAUGCCCAUCCUUCCCUCUGUAACCUGCCACCUUGGCACGGAAGAUCAUUGGAGCUUGCCUGCAGACCGCCCUUGGGGUGGGGAAGGGGGGGGCAGUAUGGUAGGGAUAGGGCGAGGGGUGAUAGGGAGGGAGUUUCCUUCUGCCAGUAAGCAAAAUACCACGAAUGCAGCACAUUGGAAGUAAGGCGGAAAAUGCUGAUAAUUAUCGGCAGAUCAGUCAGCAUCUGUGGUGAAAGGAGUAGAGGUGACGCUCACGGCACUUCAUCAGAGCUUGCUUUUAAUUUUAUUUCACCACCGCCACCGGGGGUGAUAGGGAGGGCCUAUCGGGAUGUAGCACCCACACUAGUGGACUAAACUGCCACAUGGGAGCAAUGCACUUUUAUUUUUUCUCUUUGCUUUGCCAGGCUGGAACAGAAUUUGCAUGGGACUGUUCUGGGCUGUAAAAGUUACCGGCAGUCAGCAGUAGAAUGGGUUUUUUUUAAUUUUAUUUUAAACACCAAUACCGAUGGCUGUACCGGCUCUGUGCAGUGCUGGACCUUUGCACCUGGUAACACUCUGGCACUUUGUCCCGCUUGCAGAGCGGGCGUCGCGGCACUGGGGGAUCCCGGUUAGGGGUUAGGGUGGGAGAGAGGGGGCACCCAAAUAAUCUGGUUGGACGGCAAACUGGACAGGAGCACAGCUCCUCUCGUCAGCUGCAUUGACACCUUAAUAAUGGGUGUGUAGCGUUUGUUAUACUCAACCACUUGUAUUUAUCAAAUGUUUUAAAAAGGAAAAAAAGAAGUCAAAAUACUCCUUUACAUGAAACCAUGUGCAUAAUUUGGUGUGUGUGUGUGUGUGUGUGGUGGGGGGGGGAGGUGUGUGGAGCAAAACAAAGUAAACUAUAGUCCUUUUCCCAUCCCACCCCCACCCUCUCUGUCACUGUGCGUAAAGGAUGCUAAAUUAUUCAGUGGGGAGGGUUUGGAAAUGGCGUGAAGGGGGGGUCCUUGAUAUCAUUAUUUGCGUCUCAGUCACCACGUACCCCCCCCCCCCCCCCCUGCCAACUGCAUGAAGCAUCAGCUGGGGAGUGCAAGAGCAAGGGGGUGGUGUGAAGAGGGAGGCCCUUUAAAGGGGAUAGUUGACUGGAGUUGUACGGGAGGUCAUCCCAUCCUGAUUGUGGGGGGGGGGGGGGGGGGGGGGGAGGGCGCUGAUUGUCAGUGUUGCCUUUGGCGACAGCCUUCCAGUGGACCCCCCCCCCCCCCCCGACGUUGACUGGUCACGGUGAUAAUUUUCAUUUUUGUUCUUGCCGUGUGUGAAACAAUAUGAUGUGAUUUUACAUUGUGUGAUUAUUGAAAUCUCUCGAAUUCUGUGUUUAAGGAGAUGUCAAUGCUGUGCUGUCUGCUUUUGUAAUGCAAUGCCUGUUUGUGAAGUUAAACAUUUACCAAUCUCUCUGUCUUUCUCUCUUUUUCUCUCUCUCCUGGCUCUCUACUCUCCUUUUUUUCUCUUUUCUUUUCCUCUCCCUCCUCUCAUUUAUCUCUCCUUUCCUUUUCCCCAUCUCCUCUCUUCCCCCUCUCCUCUGUCUCCACUCUCCUCUGCUUCCCCUCUCUUCUGUCUCUCCUCCGUCUCCCCCUCUCUCCUCUGUCCCCCUCUCUCUUUCUCCUCCCUUCCCCCCUCUCCUUCCUCCCUCCCCCCUCCUCUCUUUCCUCUCUCUCCCCCUCUGUCUCUCACUCUCCUCUGUCCCCUCUCUCUCUCUCUCAGAUUUUGCUCAUUCUCUGCAGUCUCUCAGGUGACACAAUUAUUCAGUGACAGGGGCCUGAGCCUCCAGUUUCCCUCUUGUGCGGAGUGAAAAGGGCUUCUCUUCCCUAUGGAUGAGGGUCCUGAUACUCCCCAAACCCACCCUCCCCCAGCCCCCUAGCGGGCAAAGAUCUGAGACACCUCGCCCCUCAUGUGUCCUGUUUAUCUCCCUCCCUCCCUUGUGGCAUAUGGGGUGGGUUUGAUGUGAGGGGCUUGUGUCCUGAUUCCGUUUCAGAGGCGAGGAGCGUGGGCUAGAGGCUGCCUGAGGCUUCUGAUAACCUCUCGAACGGCAAGGCCCUGAAUCCGGGCACCUUUUUAACUAAUAUCCAGCAUUAAAAUUCCUUCUCACUUUCUGUUCUUAAUAUUUUACUCGGUCAUUUAAAACAAAAAAUCCUUGCACAGUCCAGGGCUGGAGGGAGGGUUGACACCACCAGUUCCCUGCAGCCCACAUCCCUCUCUGCAAACAGCAUUGUACCUUCAUAAAAACUGUAAUAAAAAUGAAAAAUGCAAUGUCA